AUGGCCACAUACCCUGAUCUUUCUUUCUUUCUUCAAUCUGUCGAAAACCAUCUUCUUGUGGAUUUCGAACUGUCAAGCCUUUUUCCAGCAAUGAAUACGUUCGAUGCAUCGCAUUCGAGCUUAGAUAGUAUUUUCUUUCAAGAGAAUAACAUGGACCAAACAUUAAUCAAUCUGGAUUAUUCACCUCAAGUGGAUGUUAACUAUAAGCUUGACUUGAGUGAGGAGACGCAGAAAGAGAAGCCGGUGGCCAUUGCUAGUCAGCUUGUUCCACCUGAGAGGAGGCGGUUUCGUGGGAUAAGGAGACGUCCGUGGGGGAAAUUUGCAGCAGAAAUCAGGUCCCCGGCUAAGAAAGGAAAGAGGGUGUGGCUUGGAACAUAUGAAACACCGGAAGAUGCUGCCCUAGCUUAUGACCGAGCCGCGUUUAAAAUUCAUGGCUCGGCUGCUAAGCUUAAUUUCCCACACUUGAUUGGCUCGGACGUGCCUGAGCCAGUUAAGGUGACGCCUAGGCAAAGGACUUCCUCCACCUUGUCUUCAUGA